UCCGCUGACGUCAGAGCGCGCGGGUGCGGGCCGCCCUCCCUCCCUUUCCGGCCUCGCAGGCUGCCAGGCAGGAGCACGGAGCCGCCGCCGCCGCCCUGUGAGGAGCCGAGGCCGCCGCCAUCAUGCCGGCGUACUUCCAGCGGCCCGAGAAUGCCCUGAAACGGGCGAACGAAUUCCUUGAGGUUGGCAAAAAGCAGCCUGCCCUUGAUGUUCUCUAUGAUGUUAUGAAAAGUAAGAAACACCGAACAUGGCAGAAGACCCACGAGCCCAUUAUGCUGAAGUACCUGGAGCUCUGCGUGGACCUCCGCAAGAGUCAUCUGGCAAAAGAAGGGCUGUACCAGUACAAGAACAUUUGCCAGCAGGUGAACAUCAAAUCUCUGGAAGAUGUUGUUCGUGCCUAUUUAAAAUUAGCUGAGGAAAAAACAGAAGCAGCUAAGGAGGAAUCCCAGCAGAUGGUGCUGGACAUAGAGGACUUGGAUAACAUCCAAACUCCAGAAAGUGUUCUUUUGAGUGCUGUAAGUGGAGAAGACACUCAGGAUCGUACUGACCGGCUGCUUUUGACCCCCUGGGUUAAAUUCCUGUGGGAAUCCUACAGACAAUGUUUAGAUCUUCUCCGAAAUAACUCUCGGGUGGAACGUCUCUACCAUGACAUUGCACAGCAAGCUUUUAAGUUCUGCCUGCAGUACACCCGUAAGGCUGAGUUCCGGAAGCUCUGCGAUAACCUGCGGAUGCAUUUGGGGCAGAUCCAGCGUCACCAUAACCAAAGCACAGCAAUCAACCUCAACAAUCCUGACAGCCAGUCCAUGCACCUGGAGACCAGGCUGGUGCAGCUGGACAGUGCUAUUAGCAUGGAGCUGUGGCAGGAAGCUUUCAAAGCAGUGGAGGAUAUUCAUGGGCUAUUUGCACUGUCUAAGAAACCACCCAAACCACAACUGAUGGCAAAUUACUAUCACAAAGUUUCAACUGUCUUCUGGAAAUCAGGAAAUGCUCUUUUUCAUGCAUCCACACUUCACAGACUUUACCACUUGUCAAGGGAAAUGCGGAAGAAUCUCACGCAGGAGGAGAUGCAGAGGAUGUCCACUCGUGUCCUUUUGGCCACUCUCUCCAUCCCCAUUACUCCCGAGAGAACGGAUAUCGCCCGUCUCCUGGACAUGGAUGGCAUCAUUGUGGAGAAGCAGCGGCGUCUGGCAACCCUGCUGGGUCUGCAGGCUCCACCUACUCGUGGCAGUCUCAUCAACGAUAUGGUGAGGUUCAACGUAGUGCAGUAUGUUGUUCCAGAAGUGAAAGACCUUUACAACUGGCUUGAAGUAGACUUUCACCCCCUCAAGUUAUGUAGCCGUGUCAGCAAGGUUCUGAACUGGGUGAAAGACCAAGCUGAAAAGGAACCUGAACUGCAGCUGUAUGUCCCUCACCUGCAGAACAACACGAUUCUGCGCCUUCUGCAGCAGGUGGCCCAGAUUUAUCAGAGCAUUGAGUUUUCCCGUCUGACUGCUCUGGUUCCUUUUGUUGAUGCUUUCCAGCUGGAACGCAAUAUUGUUGAUGCAGCCAGACAUUGUGACUUACAAGUUCGCCUUGACCAUAGCACCCGGACCCUGAGUUUUGGCUCAGAUUUGAAUUACAGUACUAGAGAAGAUGCUCCCCUAGGCCCUCAGCUACAGAGUAUGCCUUCUGAGCAAAUCAGGAACCAGCUCACUGCCAUGUCCUCAGCUCUGGCUAAGGCUCUUGCAGUCAUUAAGCCUCCUCACUUACUGCAAGAGAAGGAAGAACAGCACCAGCUGGCAGUCACUGCCUUCCUGAAAAACUCAAGGAAGGAGCACCAGCGUAUCCUGGCGCGUCGUCAGACAAUAGAGGAGAGGAAGGAGCGCCUGGAGAGCCUGAACAUCCAGAGGGAAAAGGAGGAGUUGGAGCAACGUGAGGCAGAGUUGCAAAAGGUGAGGAAAGCUGAGGAAGAGAGACUGCGCCAGGAGGCCAAGGAAAGGGAGAAGGAGAGAAUCCUGCAGGAGCAUGAACAAAUCAAAAAGAAGACUGUUCGUGAGCGCUUGGAGCAGAUCAAGAAGACUGAGCUGGGAGCCAAAGCAUUUAAAGACAUUGAUAUUGAGGAUCUUGAAGAAUUGGAUCCUGACUUCAUAAUGGCCAAACAAGUUGAACAGCUUGAAAAAGAAAAGAAAGAACUUCAGGAGCGUCUGAAGAAUCAGGAGAAAAAGAUUGACUACUUUGAAAGAGCCAAACGAUUAGAAGAAAUUCCUUUAAUGAAGACUGCAUAUGAGGAGCAGCGAGUGCGUGACAUGGAACUGUGGGAGCAACAGGAAGAGGAAAGGAUCACCACUUUGCAAUUGGAGCGUGAGAAAGCCCUGGAGCACAAGAACAGACUCUCAAGGAUGUUGGAGGAUAGAGAUUUAUUUGAAGCCAGGCUCAAAGCAUCACGACGAACAGUUUAUGAGGACAAGCUGAAGCAGUUCCAGGAGAGGUUGGCAGAAGAGAGGCGCAAUCGUUUGGAGGAGCGCAAGAAGCAGCGCAAAGAGGAGCGGCGCAUUGCUUACUACAGGGAAAAGGAGGAGGAGGAGCAAAGGCUACGAGAAGAGCAGCUGCUUAAAGAGAGGGAGGAAAAGGAACGCAUUGAGCGUGAGAAACGUGAGCAGGAGCAGCGGGAAUACCAGGAACGUGUCAAAAAACUGGAAGAACUGGAGAAGAAAAAACGUCAAAGAGAACUGGAGAUUGAAGAAAGAGAGCGUCGUCGAGAAGAGGAAAGGAGAGGUCUGGAUGACCCAUUUUCGAGAAAGGAAUCUCGUUGGGGUGAUAGGGAGUCUGAAAGCUCCUGGAGAAGAGGUGGUGAGACAGAAUCUGAGUGGCGACGAGCACCAGUGGAAAGAGAUUGGCGGCGAGGAGACACGAGAGAUGAUGAAAGAUCUUUCCGUCGAGGGGAUGACCUGCCACGACGUGGGGACGACCUGCCACGUCGAGGGGACGACUUGCCACGUCGAGGGGACGACUUGCCACGACGUGGUGCUGCAGAAGAAAAGGAACGUCCUCCUGCGGAAUCAACGGAGGACAGGCCAGCGAGGCGUGAAGGAGAGGAGGACAGGCCACCUAGACGUGAAGGGGACGACGACAGGCCCCCCAGACGUGGUUUGGAUGAGGACAGGCCCCCCAGACGUGGUUUGGAUGAGGACAGGCCCCCCAGGCGUGGUUUGGAUGAUGACAGAGGGAGCUGGCGGGCUGCAGAUGAUGACAGAGGUCCCAGACGUGGAAUGGAUGACGACAGACCUCCCAGGCGGGCUUUGGAUGACGACAGACCCCCCCGACGUGUCUUGGAUGACGACAGACCCCCCCGACGUGUCCUGGAUGAUGACAGACCCCCCCGACGUGUCCUGGAUGAUGACAGACCCCCCAGACGUGUCCUGGAUGAUGACAGACCACCCAGGCGCGGGCUGGACGAUGACAGAGGCAGUUGGCGCGCAGCAGAUGACGACAGAGGACCCAGGCGUGGUCUGGAUGAUGACAGACCCCCCCGACGUGCCAUGGAUGAUGACAGACCCCCCAGACGUGCUUUGGAUGAUGACCGGGGCAGCUGGCGUGCAGCAGAUGAUGACAGAGGUCCCAGGAGAGGGAUGGAUGAUGACAGAGGUCCCAGGAGAGGGAUGGAUGACGACAGAGGUCCCAGGAGAGGGAUGGAUGAUGACAGGGGACCAUGGCGUAAUGCAGAUGAUGACAGGCUCUCCAGGAGAGAUGAUGACAGGGGUCCGUGGCGUGGAGGUGAUGAUUCAAGACCAGGUCCUUGGAGACCCUUUGGAAAACCAGGGGGAUGGAGAGAAAGAGAAAAGGCUCGGGAGGACAGCUGGGGGCCUCCCAGGGAUUCCAGACCUCCAGGAGACCGUGACUGGGAUAGAGACAAAGAUCGGGAUGAGAAUGAGAAAGAUCGUGAAUUUGACAGAGAUUUUGAUCGGGAUGAUCGCUUCAGGCGUCCCAGGGAUGAUGCUGGUUGGAGAAGAGGGCCAGCUGAGGAAACUUCUAGCUGGAGAGAUUCAAGUCGCCGAGAAGAGUGGGACAGAGGUGGCCGUGACAUGAGGGAUCGACGUGGUGAUGACAGAGAGCCACCCCUCAGGAGAGGACCACCACUCAGAUCUGAGCGGGAAGAACCAAGCUCGUGGCGACGUGCUGAUGACAGGAGAGAGGAACGCGGAGAAGAACGUGAGCCCGUCCGGCGAGCGGCUCCUGCUCCUGCUGCUCCUCCAGCUUCAGCUCCCCCUCCGGCAUCCAAAGAACGGGAAAGAGAUGGGGAGAAGGAGAAAGGUUCCUGGAAAACAGAAAAGGAGCGUGAGCCCGUUCGCCGUACUAAAAACGAGACAGAUGAGGAAGGGUGGACCACUGUCCGGCGUUAAGCGAGGGGCCCGGAGCUCAGCCCAUGUUUUAGCUUUGAUCAAAUCUGCGGAUUCUCUUUGUGCUUAUAAACAUUCUGAAUGGGAAUUCUUUAACAAAUGUUUUGAGGUAACACGAAAGCAUGAGCUUGAAUUACUUUACUCCUAUAGAUUGAUCAUGCACAAACUCACAGCAGAAGGUUGGGAAUGGAAUGCCGGUUGAUGAAAUUUCAAAUGAUGCUUAUUUCAUGGGUCAUUUGUUGCUAAAAUAAAGAAGAGGUGAGCCCAACAGUUGUCUUGAGUAAUGCUUCUCUCUUGCACCAGAACAGGCUGACCUUUUUGGUUUUAGUCUUUCUUAAUUUGGAAUGGGGUAUUACUGUCACAGAACAUGCAUUUGAAAACCCCUCUGUUCACACAGUGGAAUUAUUGAGAAAAAAAAAGCAGAGAUAAAUGAAUCUCCUUAAUUAGCCAAAAAAUACAAAAGCCCUCUUUUACAGAGGUAUCUUUGGGGGCAGGUGGUUUCUGAGAGAUGUAUUUCAUCACUAUCUAAAUUCAGUAAGUUGUUUAAAUUUGAAUUAAAUACAGCAAACAUUAUGAGCAUUAGCUACACUGGGAUAUUUUCUGCAGAUUUACUUGAAUACAUAAUGCCUACGAGGCCAUUUUGCAGUCCUUGUUCCAGUACUGCUGCAGUGUACAACCAGAGAACAUCACAAGCUUUUACAAUUUAAGUGUUUUGGUAAGGAUAUGGCUAUGUAUUUUCUGUUGCCAAUAUCACACUUGCUUUUUCCAUUUCUGGAUAAUUCAUGCCUUUCAAGGAUUUAUAAAUAUUGUCAUAUUUAAAAUGUGUGGUUUUUUGGAGAACUUGUUGAAUCUUCCCCCAACUCUUUGUCUUCAGGGUCAAUUCUUUCCCUUUCCAAACAAGUCAUUUGUAGUAAUGGCUGUGUUGCCUUCAGUUUUGGGGUGAGGUAACAACAAUUAACUAUCUGGUCAUACUGAAGCCAACACAGAACUUGCUGCUGUGUGUUUCUUCAAUGAUAAAUAAACAACUUAAGGAA